UCUUCUUUCCCCCCUGCGGUAGUCGCUGAUGUUCACAUUUCAAAGUACCAGUCUCUGCAUGGCCGUGAAUCGAAAAUGACUGCCAAGGGGAAUUUGUUCAUCCCAAUGCAUCAGCCUUCCUCUCGACGGCCACGAAGCCGCGCGAUAAGACAAUGGCAAUGGCCAAUCUGUGCCGGAAUCUGUGCCGCAGCACUUUUGCUAGUCGGAACAAAUCCCAGAGAGCUCCUAUUGCCUGCAGAUGCAUCCCCUCGGCAAGCAUUUUACGACGGGUUGCAACAAUGUUAUGACGCGGAACGCCAACCGCUGCCACGAGGGGCCGGGAACAGCGCACGGCAGAAUCCACGAUGGAAUCCGGUCUCUGGACAGACUACCCCGGUGGUUAUCCGGAAUGCGACCCUCUUUGAUGGCGAGUCCACUCUCGCCGACUCGGUGGACAUUGUCUUCGAAGCUGGUGUGAUCAUCUCGAUUCUUCCCACUGGCUCGGGCGAUGUGAUUCCCCAGAACGCCAAUGUCAUUGACGUGCAUGGCAAGCAUGUCACACCGGGUCUGGUGGAUAUGCACUCGCAUCAUCUGUUGCUCCCAUUUCCGCAAGUAGCAGCCACCAGUGAUGUGAAUGAGCGGCCCUUGCUUGGCCCCAUCACUCCCUUUGUGCGUGCCAUCGACGGGUUCACGCCGUCCGACCCAGCCAUUAAAAUCAUCGCAUCAGGGGGUGUCACCUCCUCCCUGGUUCUCCCCGGCUCCGCCAACAUCGUCGGCGGCGAGGCCUACCCCGUCAAAAACCUGCCUUUUCCCGGUGCCGACGGCGAACCGGUCAUCGAGGAACUGCUGCUGGAGCACGGCAUCCCUGAGCCAGAUCGACAGCGGUAUCUCAAAAUGGCCUGUGGUGAGAACCCGAAACAUACGUACCUGCACACUCGACUCGGCCUUGCCUGGCUCUUGCGAGAGAAGCUGGCCGAGGCACAGGAACUCCAAAAGCGCCAGUCGGACUGGUGUCGCGCGGCAUAUGACAUCGAGGACACCACGUUCGGCCAGGGUCGGCGCAUCGCGAGCUUCCUUGAACAGCAGGGACAACGACCAAAUUCAUUCGAGCUGGCAACUUUCGUGGCGCUGAUUCGGGGGGAGCUGAAUGUGAACGUUCACUGUUAUACGCCGGAGGAUCUUGAGCGCAUGCUUGCUGUGCUCCAUGAGUUUGACGUCCAUCCUCAGGCUUUCCACCAUGCGCUGGAAGCUUGGCAGGUUCCUGAGCUUCUCAACCAACUAGAGCCGAAUAUCACAAUUGCUACAUUCGCGGAUAAUGCUUUGUUCAAGGCUGAGGCGUAUGAAGCAAAUCUACGAGCAGCAAAGAUACUCAAUGACCAUGGUGUUCGAGUGGCUUUCAAAUCGGAUCAUACCGGAGAAGGCAACUAUGCAAAAUAUCUUCUUGAUCAAGCCUCUAUCGCUCACUCGUUUGGCUUUCCUGCCGACAAAGCCCUGCAGUCAGUUACCUCGGUUCCGGCCCAGUCCAUGCAGCAAGGCCACCGCAUCGGAUACGUUCGUCCGGGAUACGAUGCCGAUAUCGUCAUCUGGGACAGCCAUCCGCUCCAAGUCGGGGCCACGCCUGUCGAGGUUUUUAUUGACGGACGUGCGCUAUUGCAGCAUGGAGACAUCGAUCUGUCGAUUGCUUCUAGCCCAGAAGACUUGGAGCAUGCACCCGAUAUGCGGCCGACGGCUGAUCUCGAGCAGCGGGAUAAUGUCUGCUCACAGUCGCGCGUUGUCUUUACCGGUAUUCGGAGCGCACUUCUCGACAGCCCGAGUCUGGAACAAGCAUCCGAGGAGCUGGUUUUCGUGGUGGAGAACAACCAAGUCUCGUGCUUUGGUACGAAAGGGGCAUGCAUUCAAGGGCAGGAGAGGAUCACAGAGAUAGCGCUGAAGAAUGGCUACAUCACUCCUGGCCUCGUCGCCUUUGGCAACAACCUCGGAAUCCAGGCCAUUCCGUCCGAAAGCUCGACCGGUGACGGCUCCAGUGGCACAACCGGAAACCUUCUGAACGAAGCUAAGAGCGUCCACUUUGCCAAAUAUGGCGUGCAUCUCCACGGCGAAGCGUUUGACCGAGCUCGGAUCGGAGGCGUCACGAAGGCCAUUACUCCACCGCAUGGCAGUGGGCUGAUCCGGGGCGUCAGUGUGGGAUUACGAACCGGACCCAACGCAACCAUCUUGGACGGUGGGAUCUGGAAGGACAAUGUAGCGCUUCAUCUAUCGAUUGGACAAGGGGCCAAAAACGGAGAUACACCGACGGUUGGUUCAGGAAUCGAAUACCUGCGUGGAAUACUGCAUCACGGCAGCCAGGAUGGAGCUGAGCAGCACAGCAUAUAUACCCAGGCUGCAAAUGGCUCCCUUCCCGUGGUGAUUGAGACGUAUAACCAGGACGAUAUCGCUCAGUUGAUUCUGGCGAAACGCGACUUUCCCGCUGCCAAUCUGAUCGUUUAUGGCGGUCAUAGCGCUGCCCUAGUUGCCAAACCUCUAGCCGAAGCAAACAUCCCAGUCAUCCUGACCGGCAACCGCGGGGCACCAGAUAAGUGGGAGAAGAAGGACGCGCUGCCCGGACCACCCCUCAGCGACAGCCCCGCAAAGGUAUUGCUUGAAGCCGGUGUUCAACUGGGUUUGGCCAUCCGAGGCGAUUCCAAACUCCAUGGAUUGGCGCGGGAGGCGCGGUGGGCCGCCAAACAAGCGGGACUCACGGACAAGCAAGCCAUUGCGCUGGUGUCGUCCAACAUUGAGCAGAUUCUGGGACUGGAUCGCGCUGGUAAUGAGAAUGAUGUGUACAAUGGGGAUUUGGUCUUGUGGGAGGGGAACCCGUUGCGCGGAGAAGGGUCGGUUGUGGUUGCUGUGCGUGAGGACGGGGCAGUCGCGGAUUGCUGGCCG